AUGGGUCUUCUAGACAAGUUGUUCAACUGGGUGCUUACCCGCGAACAACGCGAGCGGCACUCCCGCGCCGUGUGGGAAAAGACUGUGUGCAAGUCUUCAUUCCCGGAGGUACCCGCAACACCAUACAACACCCCGACAACCCCACGAUCGGAGGCCAUGACCCCAUCACUAUCCUCUUCCUCCACAUCCUCCACAUCAUCGACCGCAUCAUCGGGCAUCUGCUCACCCGUACGGUCCAGACCAUCAACAUCGUACUCCACAUCGCCAAGGCCCGAGUACCGCCGCCACACAUCUAUAACCCGCAGCCCGAUCUCCUACGAUGCACUGAUUGACACUAAGCCCCCCGCCCCGGCUCCAUCCACCAAGCCCACUGCCACCACUACUUCACGAUUGCUAUACCCACUACCCCCGCUGGGCCCCAUGGAAGGGAUAGGCAAAUACCGUCGCUCGAUCCACGUAACGGAGCAAUUCAUCGACUCGUUACGCAGGGAUAACAUCGCCGCGCUGCAACCCCUCCCAUCCUCCGCCUCCUCCUCGCCGACCCACCCCACAUCGUACCUGACCGAAGACGAACCCCGUCAAGGACGAAGACUGUGGCGUGAUUGCCCUGGUAACAGAACGACUACCACCCCCCCGAGAGCGUACUCCACCUCUCCCACGAUCUUACCAGCUGAGGAGUCGCCAAAGCGACAGAGGAGCCUUCCCCCAAAAUGGAAGGCAGCGGCGGAAAUUGAAGUUGAGGAGGUGGUUAUUGUCGAGCCGGUCAGGAAGAGCGGGAGGGGUGUGCAGGGAAGGAAGAAGGUUCCUGGAGGAAGGGGCAAGCAGAGGGUUGGUGGAGGAAAGAGACAGCCAGCCGGUCCAUACCCACUGCCGAAGGCACCCAGAACCACUGGGCUUGGCCUCAAGAGAGUCCCACCAGGGAGGAAUAUGAGCGCUAGCAUGGAAACCCUCCUCUCUGGCGAAGAAUGAGGGAUGCGAGUGAUUGUUCGUGAAACGUUUAGCGUGUUCUUUUCUUUUCUGUCUUCAUUUACUUGCCACUUUAUUUCAUUCCGUAGUAUGUUUUUAUUCAUGCCUUUCAUUUGUUUGGGAAACGGACGGAUCAAGCUUAGCAUGGGGUGGGUGGGAAAUUUUUGGGCGUUUAUUUUCGUUUUCGUUUUCAUUUUUUGGGCGUUGCAUUUCUUUUUAUUUUUAUUUGGCAAACGAACGGUGAUGGCACUUCACGAUCACGACAUUUUGAACGAAAGACGAAUGAACGAAACGGAACGAAACCAAAGAUUAGUCUAAUAACAUGUAUUUUCAUUUUUUCUUCUAAUUUCCCAUUUUACGCUAAUCUUUUUUUUGUCCCCUUUCUCUCUUUUCCCCCUGUAACAGUUGGUCGUGGUGGGCGAAUUUUCUUUGGUUCGUCUUACCUACCAUAACCAUUUUAUUAUUAUAAUUGCUGUACCGUACAUACACACGACCUAAUAUACACACAAGCAAGAGAAGAAG